UCUUCUGAUGACGUUCAAUGUUUGGCUGCCUCAAAGCUGAUCAUGGCGUAACGCGAUGUGUGUUUGCUGUAUGUUUUGAUGGACAUAAUCACAUUUUCCUUUGUUUAAAAAAAACUCCCAAAGCCUCAAGAUGUUCAAAGGUUGGGGUACUUGGCUAGGCCUUGAUGGCCCGAAAUCAACAAACGAAGAAGUUGAUCAGUCCACCGAUGUUGUCGAAAAAGAGGAGGAAACUUCACCUGAUGUGCAGGACUCAGAAGAUAUGAAGCAAAAAUUAAUUACAGAUCAGAAUGAAGAAAACGGCGACCAACAGAUGCAACUAACAAAGGGAUUUAGUGGUUAUAUUCUCAACUUCGCCAGCAGUGCUACUAAGAAGAUCACCGAAUCUGUAAGCGAGACAGCACAGACGAUCAAGAAAAGUGUGGAGGAAGGGAAAAUUGAUGGCAUCAUCGAUAAGACCAUUCUGGGAGAUUUUCAGAAGGAGCAACAGAAGUUUGUCCAAGAGAAGAAUGCAAGAAGAACUGACGUCGCUGUGCCGCCAUGGGUUGGAUACAACGAGGAAGAGACCAUCCAGCAGCAAAUCUUGGCCUUAUCAGCGGACAAAAGGAACUUUCUACGUGAUCCACCUGCCGGCGUUCAGUUUCAUUUCGACUUCGAUCAGAUGUUCCCGAUUGCCCUGGUGAUGUUGCAGGAGGAUGAGCUGCUCAAUCGCAUGCGCUUUGACCUGGUGCCCAAACAUGUGAAGGAGGAUGUGUUCUGGAGGAAUUACUUCUACCGCGUGUCGCUGAUCAAGCAGUCUGCACAGCUCACUGCCCUGGCAGCUCAGCAGCAGGCUGCAGAGAAGCGAGAAGAGGAGAAGAGUGAGACCAGCUCCACAGGAGACAUCCCAGAGACCAUCCGACCGAAGACCCCUCCCACUGCCAUCAACGCUAAGCCAAAGGCAAAUGAGGACGAAGAGGAGAUCUCCACCAGCCCCGGCGUGUCUGAGUUUGUGAGCGACGCCUUUGACUCGUGCAGCAUCGACCAGGAGGAAAUGAGGAAGGAGAUGGAGCACCUGGCGCUGGACAAGAAGGACGGUGCCUCCCCCCAAGACGAGGAGACAGCUGAUUGGGAGAGAGAGCUACAGCAGGAGCUGCAGGAGUACGAGGUGGUAGCCGACACUGAGAAUCGGGACGAUAACUGGGACAAAGAGAUUGAGGAGAUGCUGCAGGCGGACGACUAGAGACAGCGGCCCUCUCUCUCAUCCUCUCAUCACACGAGAGGAGAGAGGGUGAGAAAGAAGGAGACAGUGGUAGAGAGAAAGAGAGACAGAUCACCAUCAUGAAGGACCACAUGGAUCAGCAAGUUUCCAAAACUGCAUAAUAAAAAAAAAAAUCUUCUGGAAGACCGGUUUCUCUGACAUCACUCUCUCACUUCCCCCUGUUGGAAGCCUCUGGUUGAAGGUAACUCGGAUGAAUCAGUCAUUAACCUCUUGCGAGCUAAACAUUUGAAGGGAGGUCUGUAAAGACUGUUCUGUGUUAUCAUGGCAGAGCAGUUAUGACAUGAAAUGAACGCCCCCACUCCCCACGCCCCCUCUGACGGUGUAUGUGACAUGUUUUCGAGAUGGAGAUUGUUGUCUUGCAGUGCCAAACUGCAUUGUGUUAACUGACUAUAGUGGGCAACUGUCAGAGGUUUUGAAAUUCUUUUCGUUUUGUUUCAUUCAUCUCUCUGGGAAGAGUAAGAAAAAAAUAACUUGUAGAGCAUUUUUAUAUGAUUAUUAUUAUUGUUAUUAUUAUUUCCAGGCCCUGUCUUAUUCCUUCUUGUGCAAUCUACAGGGAUAUCUAUUCUUGAAACAUUUAUUGUUAGUGUAAAGUUAAGAACUCUUAACUCCAGUCUAUUAGCCUUUUUUCACAAUUAUGUCAAACAAGUUCCUGUUUUGAGACAAAGCAGGGAAAAGGACUACCGAUUUCCAUAGAAAACAGUGGGGUGUUAGUCUCUGUCUAUGGCAUCGGAUGCUUCUUGUCCUUUGGCCAUUGCAUUGAAUGGAAGGUGUCUGACAUUAUGAAAAGGGCUAAUUGGUAAACCUCCCGUGUUUUCGAGGUUUCCACGCCCAUUCAGCGCAGCGCCACCGUUAACACUUAACUUGUCGGCCAACACGGAUUUACAUAUUGGUGUGAUGUAACAUAUUUUUCCUCAGGCAGUAAUGUUGACGGGAACUGUCACCCUUGACGUACAAUUUACAUUACUUACUAAGCACACAAAAAUGAUGUUAACGGUUUUGUUUUCCCAUCAACCAUGGAACCUGUUGCUGUCCUUCAGACUGUCACACAUACAUUUUACAUGAUUUUAUAUCAUUUGCUAAUGGCAUAGACGUAUGUCAUAUUUAGGGAGCAGCACCUUCCAAUCUGAUCGGUGGAGUGUGAUGUGUUUUUAUUUUUGUGCUUUUAUGCACUCAUCCGUCUUUUAAAGGUUAAUAUGCACCAUAUUUUGCUUCACUGGGGGAAAGUUUGUAAAUGGAUUGUUUUUUGUAAACAUUGAACUAGUAAACGACACCAAAUGAGCUGAAUUAGAGAGAAUAUUAGUACAUUUCCCAUUAAUGACAUGAUUAUACUAUUGAGUCCAUUAUUAAUCACUUUGACCUAUGUGAUGCACCCUCUUGUUUUGUUUUGUUUUUGUUUUCUAAGCCGAAGCUUGUCCUUCUUUACAGUGCUGUCGACAUUUUCUGCUUAUCAAAAUAAAAACUUUGCCUUUCA